AGCUCAGUCUCUGCGCAUGCGCACUGCGGCCUUCCCGCGCACAGCUGCUGACGCGAUUCUGACGAGGCCAAUAAUUCUCGCGCCUUUAGCUUUUAAUGAAAACACGUACUUACAGAAAUAAAGCGAGAGCUCGGGACAUCAAAACAGCGGCCGUUUCUCCGGUUCAUCUGCGUGACGUGUCCCGCCGUGCCGCGCGUCGUGGCCGGGGCUCUUGAGCAGCACGCGACCGUGUCCCGCUGAACGGCUGUCAUGUCCAAACUGGAGCAGGUUCUGAUCCUCGACCCGUCGAGCGACCUCCGCUUCAGAGGACCCUUCACAGAUGUGGUGACCACUAGCCUGAAGCUGAGGAACCCGUCUGACAGAAGAGUAUGCUUCAAGGUGAAGACCACAGCUCCUCGGCGCUACUGCGUGCGGCCCAACAGCGGCGUCAUCGAUCCCGGCGCCACCGUCAGCAUCUCAGUCAUGCUGCAGCCGUUUGAUUACGACCCUAACGAGAAGAGCAAGCACAAGUUCAUGGUGCAGUCCAUCUUGGCACCGGCAAGCGUGAGCGACCUGGAAGCCAUGUGGAAAGAUGUCAAACCGGACGAGCUGAUGGACUCCAAGCUGCGCUGUGUGUUUGACAUGCCUUCAGACAGUGAGAAGAUGAGCGAGCUGGAGUCGACCAAAGCAUCUGCUCUGAACGCCUCGAGGGCCGACGGCACGUCAGGAGCCAGAGCCGGCAGUCUGUCGAUGGACGACACUGAGAUGAGGAAGCUCAUGGAGGAGAGCAAGAGACUGCAGACGCAAGUGGGGAAGCUGCUAGACGAGAACCGCCAACUCAAGGAUGAAGGGCUGAGGAUGAGGAAGGCCAAUCAGUUCGACAGCUCCGUCUCCAAGUCUUCGGUGGCGAUGCUGAGCAAAGAUCUCGCCUCCAGAUCGCUGCCGUCGCUGCUGGUGGUCAUCGCCGCCAUCUUCAUCGGGUUCUUCCUCGGGAAGUUUGUCUUGUAGAGGUUGUGGUGGGCCUGACGGGCGAAGAGUGCGCUCUUGUUGAUAAGCGUGGCGUCUGCACAGACGAGCCCCACGACAGAGGAAGUAAACGUGUCUGUGUACAGGAUCAUUCAAACGGGCCUUGCCUUUCAAACACUCUCACUCUCUCA